AUGAGGCACCUUCCUGUCCUUGCAUCGACCCGUUUUUCCAUCUCCCACGAUCUUCUUUUCUUCUCUCCUGUUCGCUUCACUCCUCCCUCCUCUUCGCACCCUCUUCACCUCUUCACACUCUUCUCACUCCUCUUGGCGCCUUCUUCACCCUUACCUCGCUCCCACCUCACUCCCUCUUCACUCUGCACCUUGCACUCUCACCUCAAUGGCUCGAGAACGAUAUUGUUGGCCAGCAGCCACCGAGGGUACGCAGGAUUUGAUAUUAGGUUUUGGGGUUGUGCCUGUAUAAAAGGAGGAUCGAAGCCAGCGGUCUUUUGUUCCUUGUUCCAGUUGAACAAGAAGACCAUUGUGCUGAUCACUCGCUACAGUGUGCGUAGUUGUGCGUUAGACCCUUGUAUUCAGUGUGGAACACAAAUUAUUCGAGCAUUCAGAUUGGGAGUUUCCUUACUCCAUACAACUGUAAAAGAACUAUCUCCAAGCGCAACAAUAUGAACAUUGUUGGCCAGCAGCCAUCGAGGGUACGCAGGAUUUGAUAUUAGGUUUUGAGGUUGUGCCUGCAUAAAAGGAGGAUCGAAGCCAGCGGUCUUUU